UCGUUUAUUAUAAAAAAAAGGCGUUUCUAAAAUCGAUUGAUUUCUAAAUCGAUUAUAUUUUCCAUCCCUCACGGAAUGUCAAUGAAAGUAAUGAAAGCCAGAGUUUGUAUGUAUGGAAGUCCUUUGCCUUUCUUGAAAAGAUAAUAUAAACAAAAAAAAAAAGAAAUUGUCACUGCAGUCAAAUACUUGGUUCUUGAAUAUGUUUAUUUUUUAAAUAAAAACUAUAUUUCAUGAUUUACAUGUACCGCAUGUUUAUAUACCAUAAAUUUACAUUAUCUGACAUGAUAAUGUCGUGAUAAGUGAUUAUACAUUCAUGCGGUUAACCUUUAAUUACUUUGUUCGCCAGCGAUUGAAUGAAGAAUCCUCGUAAAUCUUCAGGUAACAUUAUGAGGAAGUAUUACCAGCUGAUCCUUGUAAUCGUUUGCUUUGUAAGCAUAGUUACUUUACUUAUAUAUCGACAUGAAUACUAUCGGCUCCGGUAUGUUCUUGAGGUACUUAACUUUUUCGGCAAACCGGGUCUUUCAGAAAUAGAAUUCUGCGGGCCAGGUUUCAACGCUACAAUGCUGUCGGAAAUACUUCGGAAUUCGUCAAUGGAAGUUAGGGAAACGCCACCUCUGUUCCAAGAAAUAGAUGAACAUGUUUACUCCUAUUCUUCAUUCCUCAGAUCCUAUAACAAAUAUGAUAAACUAGCUCAAGAACACGCUCAUAAUAUUGACACUAUUGUGAUUGGUAAGGCGAAUGUGCGCCCUAAUUUUCGCUGCAAUAUCUGGCUUGAAAACUCAUCAAAACCAAAAUCAGGAAAGUUUAACGUUAAGAUUAUUAGUGAUUCUGUGAAUGGUUUUCGUUUGUAUAUUUUUCAAUGCUCCUUGAACAAAAAUUUAGGCAAACCCAAAGGAGUGAGUUUUUAUAUAAAUGAUUAUAAUAUGAACCCAAUAAAUGCACCAAUCAAUAGAGUUAUCCAAGUGAACACAAAAAGGAAGCCACGAGAGAGAAGUAAUAUUAGAUUUGUAAACAAUAUUGAACCUGCAGUGUGUGUUAUACCGAAUCAAGUCCCCAUCAUAUCAAGAGAUGCUUUUAUAGAAUUUUUAGUUUACCACCACAUGAUGGGAAUAAACACUUUCACCAUUUAUGACAGUAUGAUAUCUGAAGAUAUUAUAAGAAGACUGAACUUAUUACCAGCAGAUAUAACAGAAUGGAGUAUACAAUUCUUUCCAUUAAACUAUCCAUUUGUUUUUGCAAAGUCAUAUGAAAUAGUGAGAAGUGCCAUUGAGUUAGACUGCCUAUUUAGGCACUUCAGAUAUGACAAAGAAGAUAUUAAUAAAGCUAGCCAUACUGUAACCCUUUCAUGGGAUGAAUUUUUAGUUCCCAGAGUUCACAACAAUCUAAAGGCUAUAUUUGAUGACUUUGACCCUUUGAGGAAAGUCAGAAGUAUGGAAGUGAAACCAUUAUUGUUUUGUUUAAAUCAAAAUGAUGAUGAUAACGCUGAAAUUGGUUAUCCAGACAUCAUGAAGAAAACACAUUAUUUUAUGAUACCACAGCCACUGAACUCUGUGUAUAUGAGGAAUUUGGACUCCAUGACCUCCUUUAGUGAUAUUUUUAACUUAAAUUCAACUAAUAAAAAUAUACCUUUAGAAAUACUUGGUGUGCAUAAGUACACUGAAUGUAGGGACCCUAAGUUAUAUCAAUCAGGAGGUGCUGGGUAUAAUGAGACACAAAUGCAAGUUUUCCAGCAUAAGUUUGAAGGUGCCAUGUUAAAAUUUGGACAGAGCUUAGUGAGCAAUAAAAUAUACAGAUUGUACACAUCUGGACAAAUUUGGGAGAAAACGUCUAGUGAAAAUAUUAGAGAUAUGCUAUAAAAUUGUAGCUUGAAAUUCUCGUUACUAAAGUUUAUAUUAUAACCCCUUUGUUUAAUGCUCAUAUAUCCUAAGUAUACUCUAUGGAUAGAAAAUAAAGAGAGUAGCACAAAUUAAAUUUUAAGAUGUCCAACCUAUGACUAUGACUAUCAUUCAAAUAUUUUUAAACAAAAUAGUAGUGGUACAAAUAACUAAAAAUAUAAAACUACAUUACAUGCUUUAGUAUGCUUUACUUGUGCCACUCCCUUUAUUUUAUGGCAUUGAUAGGCUCCAUUAAUUAAUUCAAUUAUCACAUAAGUACUUUUGUAUGUAAAGUGUUUCUUUACAAUUGUUAUGAAUGAUUUUUUUAUUAUUGUAACAAAUUAAAAUUUUAUUUUUCAAAGUUAAGGGUCACAUCUUACAAACAAACUGCAAAUAUGUGGACAACCACAUGUAAUAAAUAAGCCAGGUCUGUUAUGGCUUGAAUAGAAUGUCUAAUUACAUGUAUUCCAUUAGUAAACUUUAUUUACAAUAAGAAC